AAAAUAGUAUAAUUGACAUAUAUUCGAAUUAAUCACCUGGAAAAAACCGUUAUCUGAAUGCGAGAUAAUUUAUGAGAAUCGGACAAAACCGUAUCUAUGUAUCUUGUUAGGUUUUUGUGUUUGAAACGAGCCUAAACUCAAGAUUGUUGUGGAUUCCUGAAAGAUUCAGGCUUUAGCUCUAAGUUUCCAAGAGGGCUGUGAAUCAGCUCACAUAUCAGACUCUGCAGAUUGCUAAACCAGGGGUUUGAUUCGGCAAGAAACCGGUUUUUCUUUCAGAAGUUUCUUCUUGUCUCAUGAUCACUAGCUUUCAGCAAUGGGGUAUGUAAACGUGGAGAAGAGAUGGGUUUUUCCUCUUGUCAUCACAUCUCUUGUCUGCGUUUUUCUCCUUGCAACGUCUUUCAAUAUGGGCCUAGUCUCUUCGCUUCGAACAAUCAACGGGAUUUUCUCCAUCAUCCCUUCCCGUCUUGUCAAGAAUCAAACAAGACUUGAUUUUGCAGAGUCUAAAGUUGCUAGACAAACCCGUGUUUCGCCUCAUGAAGACAAGCUUCCCCGUUUUGCAUACCUUGUUUCCGGGUCUAAAGGGGAUGUAGAAAAGCUUUGGAGAACACUUAGAGCAGUGUACCAUCCCAGGAACCAGUAUGUUGUUCACUUGGAUCUUGAAUCACCGGUGGAUGAGAGAUUAGAGCUGGCUUCUCGGAUUAAUAACGAUCCUAUGUAUUCUGGAACCGGGAAUGUAUAUAUGAUAACCAAGGCUAACCUUGUGACAUAUAAAGGACCAACGAUGGUGGCAAAUACUCUUCACGCUUGUGCUGUUCUUCUUAAGAGAAGCGCAAACUGGGAUUGGUUUAUUAACCUCAGUGCUUCAGAUUAUCCUCUAGUGACCCAAGAUGAUCUGCUUCAUACGUUUUCGACAUUGGACCGGAACCUCAACUUUAUCGAACACACAAGUCAACUGGGUUGGAAAGAGGAGAAGCGAGCACAGCCAUUAAUGAUUGAUCCUGGACUCUACUUGUUGAACAAAUCAGAUAUUUACUGGGUCACACCUCGCCGAAGUUUGCCAACUGCCUUCAAGUUAUUCACUGGAUCAGCUUGGAUGGCUCUAUCACGCCCAUUUGUAGAGUAUUGCAUAUGGGGAUGGGACAAUUUACCACGAACCCUCCUAAUGUAUUACACCAACUUCGUUUCAUCACCCGAAGGUUAUUUCCAGACAGUGAUUUGCAAUGUACCCGAGUUUGCAAAAACUGCAGUAAACCAUGACCUCCACUACAUUUCCUGGGACAAUCCACCGCAGCAGCACCCACACGUGUUGUCACUCAACGACACAAUGCAGAUGAUAUCGAGUGGUGCUGCUUUUGCUAGGAAAUUCAGAAGAGACGACAGAGUACUUGAUCUUAUAGAUAAGGAAUUACUUAAACGGAGGAAUGGUAAAGAUAGUUUUACUCCUGGUGGAUGGUGCAGUGGGAAACCAAAAUGCUCCAAGGUCGGUGAUGUGGCUAAGAUUGAUCCUAGCGCUGGAGCUCAGAGGCUUCAGGGACUUGUGAACAGGUUAGUCAACGAAGCUAUUACAGGAGUUAGUCAGUGUAAAUAGAUCGAAUUCCAAGAACAAGGAAUCAUUUUGGGGCUGUGAAUCGAUUUCAUGGAGAGUGACUGUCCUUAUGAUAUAUAUAUCUAUACAACAUAUAGAGAAUCUUGCAGUUGCAGGCUUUAGAAAAACUAUUAGCCAUUGUUUCAUUGAGUAGAGAUGCCUUGUAUGCCACGACCUACCGGGAUUAAAUUUUUCUUGUUUGA